GCGCUUGGGACUCUCUAGCCUGCGGCGCCGCGUGAUUCGCGUAUCGUUGACGAAAGAAAUAGCCCCUUUGUUUGCUCGUGGAGACACUAGAGGCAAAAUCCAGCAUUAUGAUCCAACGUUCCUACCGUGUGGACCUGAACGACAUUGCACGCUCAACGCCCAUGUGCCUUGCAUUGCAGCGCCGUUUACACCUCGCAUCCUAGCAAAGCAAGAAGGGGGGAGAGGCGGAAAAAAAAAGAAACAUCAUUGCACCAAAAUAAAUAGGUGUCUCUAACCCGGGAUGCCUUCGCCGGAGAAGACACCGAUUCCGCCAGCCGCAAAGCCGCGGUUCAGCAACAAAUUCGAUCCAUACAACUCAAGCGCCACCGGUCAUCAACGCCCGGAUAACACCCCGGGCACAGGAUGGCGAACCAGCCGCGCUCUCAAGCUCUCGGAGCAGUUCGCAGGCGGUCACUCUGGCGGCGCUCGUAUGAGUGACACGUACGGCGCCGGGAGCGAGGACUUUGACGAAGAGCUGAAGAUGGUGGUGCCCAAGAACGUCAAGGCGAGGGCGAAGAUGAGCGUGGCGGACAUGUUGGCGCGGCCCGGGCUGAUGAGGAGCGGCUCUUCCGUCUCCGAGACCGGCUCCGCGACAUCUGGCACGUCUGCUGCCGCCUCGGGUGGUGGGAAUGUGAAGAGCGAAGAGGAGGUCAUGGAAGCUCGGCGGAGGGAGGACAAGGAUGCUGAGGCAAAGAGUGCGGCUGUCAGGGGCUUGUUCGAGGGCGUCACGGUGUACAUCAACGGGAGCACGCAUCCCAUCAUCUCGGAUCACCGACUCAAGCACGUCUUGGUCGAGAACGGUGCGCGCAUGUCUAUACAUCUCGGUCGGAGGCAGGUUACGCAUGUCAUUGUCGGGAGACCGGCGGGCGUAGGCGCUGGAGCCGGCGGAGGAUUUGCGGGCGGCAAACUUGAAAAGGAGAUUCGCAGGAUCGGCGGGUCUGCCGUCAAGUAUGUUGGCGUUGAAUGGGUCAUGGAGAGCCUCAAGGCGGGAAGCCGAUUGCCCGAGGCACGCUUCGCUCCCCGGAAAGUUGCAAGAGAGGGUCAACGAAGUGUCUAUGGCAUGUACGGGAAGCAGGCCUCCAAGGAAUCCCCUACUGGACCAGGAAGUUGAGGCGGUUUUUUCUUAGAGUGUUGGUGACGUGGGCGGACGUGGUCGGUUUUCAAAUGUUGUAAUGAUAGGUCACUUGCAUUGCCUGGGAUAGGAUCAGAGCUGGGGACACAACGAUACCAGAUAUACAUCGGGGGGCAUGCUGU